CGCGCUGACGCGACGACGGCCCGUCGGGCGGGUCCCGUGAUGGCCGCCGCCGCCGCGGCCGUCGUUCUGUCAGUCGGCGCGCUCCCGGCUGCUGCUGCCCCCGGACCGGUUCCCGGACGCAGCCUCCGCGACGCCAUGGCCGAAGACGAGAGCCCGGAGUCGGCCGGCGAAGGGUCAGGAUGGCUGUCCAGUUGGCUGCCUGCUUGGUGUCCUACAUCACUGGUACAUCUUAAGGAUGCUGAAGAGAAAAUAUUGAAAUGUAUCACAAGUACAUACAGUAAACAGUAUGUCUUCAUAUCCAAUGGAAACAAAAUAUGGACGCUAACGUUCUCCCACAGCCUCUCUCAGAAAACUCCCCUUGUCCUCCUCCAUGGGUUCGGAGGAGGUGUUGGACUUUGGGCACUGAACUUUGAAGACCUUUGUGAAAACAGGACUGUGUAUGCAUUUGAUCUCUUGGGAUUUGGACGCAGCAGUAGACCGCAGUUUGACACAGACGCAGAAGUAGCAGAAAACCAGUUUGUAGAAUCUAUUGAAGAAUGGAGGCGGAAAAUGGGAUUGGACAGAAUGAUUUUACUGGGGCACAACCUGGGAGGAUUCCUGGCAGCUGCUUACUCACUGAAGUACCCAUCAAGAGCAAAACAUCUCAUAUUAGUGGAGCCGUGGGGUUUCCCAGAGAGGCCUUCCAGUGCCGAACACGAGAGGCCCAUUCCAAUCUGGAUCAAAGCACUUGGAGCAGUUUUGAGCCCAUUUAAUCCACUGGCUGGUCUCAGAAUAGCAGGACCCUUUGGAUUGAGCCUUGUACAGCGCAUUAGGCCCGACUUCAAGAGAAAGUACUCGUCCAUGUUUGAUGAUGACACGGUCACUGAAUAUAUCUACCACUGCAAUGUGCAGUCACCAAGUGGUGAAACGGCUUUCAAAAACAUGACGGUUCCCUAUGGAUGGGCGAAAAGGCCGAUGCUGCAGCGGAUUGGCCACAUGCACCAAGACAUUCCUAUCACUGUGAUUUAUGGAGCACGAUCGUGCAUAGAUGGCAAUUCGGGGACCACCAUCCAGUCUCUGCGACCAAAUUCAUAUGUGAAAACGAUAGCUAUCCUUGGUGCUGGUCAUUAUGUGUAUGCUGAUCAACCUGAAGACUUCAACCAGAAAAUAAAAGAGAUCUGCAAUUCUGUGGACUGACAGCGUUCUCUUCUUCGCAAAAGCCAGACACAAUUGCAAUUAAAAGCAAUACUUUGCAGCAUAUUAUAAAAGAUAAGGAAUACAGAGGUUUAGCAAGCAAACACAGAUUUUGCUUGCACCACACCUUUCAAAACGUUUGCACAAUUUAAACCAUGCAGUGCCUUUUGCUGGGAUGGGGAGAGGAAACUUUGUACAUUUUAGUUGGAUGCUGUUCUUUAUAUAUUUAGAUAAGGUGUUUGUCUCUCUAUAUACAUAUGUUAAACACAUUUUAAAACUGGAUUUUAAUUUUUAUUUUUUUUGAAGAAUGUAGAGCUUUUAAAAUGGUGUUCUACACAUACAGCGAGCGUUUCAACAUUCUUAAUAAUAAUAUACGUAGCAAAAUUGCAGUUUGGCUACUUCAGCAUUCAGAACCCAUACGUUGUAGCUUCUCAGUUUUUCAUUGUGACAGGAAGGAUUUGCGUAGGAUAUCUUCACAUUUUAUUGUACCUUAUGAAGUGGACUUUGCCAAAAUAAUUAGCAACGAUGAACACCCAGGAAAAGAACAAACGUAGGAAAAGUUAGGGAAAGACUCAAGUAGUUAUAUUGGAACCUUUGUUCGCUGCAGUAACUGUUGUUCUUGGGUCUUUGAUUUCCUAGGGGAGCUGCAUUUUGUGGGAUGCUAAUAUUGCUAAUGCUUAUGCUUUUAAAGAGACAAUGUAGAAUCCAGUGGAUCUGAAGACUAACUGCCUUCACACAACCUGUUCAUUUGGUGAUAAGAUUAUUGCAAGAUCUUCGGAACUGAUUCUCAUGUUUGUACAAGUUGUACAAGUUGGGAUAGAAUUCCAUGUUUAAUUAGUCCUUGGAUAAAGUGGUCUCAAAGUUGUGAAUAUGCUUUUUCUUAUAAACUAUUGGAAUUUUGAGCCAGUCUGACUGGAAAAUGCCUAACAGUCAAAACCCAGGUAUCCUGUAAGAAGAAGGCGUUUUAGAUUAAAUAAGACAGAUGAAUCAAGAAACCUAAUCUUACCUCAAAAUGUUUUCAUUAAAAUACUUGAUUUUAUGCAGUGUUUUUAAUAAGAGCUUAUUUAGGCUCUGGUUCUUUACAGAACUGUAUGUUUUUAGGUACUUGGUUAAUAAUAAGAUAAGCUGGGGAGUUUUGGUCAACUUUACAGCAAUGGAAUGCUUGUAAACCAAACUGUCUGCACAAUAACUUAUUGGUUAGCUUUUGAAUGUUGGAAUAACUACUGAAUCUUCAAUCUUUCUUACAUAAAGUUUUUGAACCAGUCUGAAA